CUUGGAUGUUUGCCGUAGUUUAGCGGGUCUCGACUUGACAACAUAGCCAAGUUUACAAGUAGUGUGUGUAAGUGUAGCAAUUCUGAUGGGAUUUAAAUAUUAUAUUGUGUAUUUAUUUUAUUAGUUAACUCUACAAUUCACAAAUAUCAACACGGUUUUUGUAGUUUAGUACCGCCUCUAUGCCAGAGUAUGUUAAAAUGCUAACUAGCUGCUAAUGCUAAUAUGAGCUAACUAGGAGCUUUUUAUUCUAUGCUGGGAAGCGGUUUCUGCGUUUAUCGUCAUCUCAAACAGCUCCCAAAUAACAGAACCAUUCAGUACUUCGAUGGCGGUGGCUCCCGCCUCCAUGGCCGAUAAGAUCAUAGUCCUUGAUGAUGACGAUGAUCAUGACGUAGAGCAGCGACCUCAACCUUCAUCAUCUGAGCAUCGGGCCAGAAAUGUGUCACCACCUACAAAUCAGCAUCUGGUACAAACCCACAUCGCGCAGUCACCUUUCAGCUCAGCGAAGAAGAGUACAAAAGCUCUGCAGGUGGAGAACCAGAAGCUGUUCGACGAGACUUGUGUUGCAACAACGACCGACCCGGCUCUGAUGGACUCGUCUCUGUUGAAGAAGCUGCGCACCAACAGGAUCGUUGCUUUAUCCCGUCUGGAGGAAGUCAUCGAUAAAUACGCCGUGCAACAGGACACAGAGGAUAAGGAGAAGCUCAGGAUGGACAAGGAGAAUGAAAAAGUAGGAGAGAAAUCAAAGACCAAGCAGACAAACGGUGUGGCUCAGGAUGAGGAGGAUGAAGAGGAGGAUGAGGAUGAAUCGUCAGACCCGGACAUAGAGGACGAGAUCGAGGCCAGCACUCAGCAGCACGGAGCAGAGGAUGAUGAUGAUAAUGAGGAAGACAACGAUAACGAGGCAAACGAAGCCGGCGACGACGCUGACAACAAGGAGGAUCAAACCUUAGACGAGACAGGAAGCGCAAAGGAUGAAGACGAUCUGACGUCCGAUGAAACUCAGAUCUCCCCGAUGUCCGACGUCCAGUCGCUCAGAGACAGCCCCAGCCAAUCAGAGUCCAUGCAGACCGACGAACAGCAGCCGUCGUCCAAUGGGAGCCCAGCGGCUCUGCAGCAGUCUGAAGACUCGUCCAAUCAGGCGUCAGGCGUUCCUGUAAAGGAUGACCCCACAGAUCUCCCAUCAUCCCCUGCAGCAGCAGUAACCAAUGGGAAUCCUUCGCCGGAGCAAAAAAMCGUCACAGUGGAACAAAGCGACACGCAGACGACCAACGGCACGUCUCCGGUCCCCGGCCCGAGAACCACGAGGAGCCAGAAGAGGAAGAGGGAGGAAAUGAUGUCAUCAAACUCCAGAARCACAAAGCAGAAGAUGAGUUACGACAGCGAUGCAGACAUCCCUCUGGACAUGGGCGUCAUUUGCUGCAGUUCUCCACUGAAGGAGGAAUCGUCUGCAUUCGACUCUCCCGCCAAGAACCCGACGGUCAGCGUUCAGUCGACGCCGCCGCCCAAGAAGAACAAGGUUAACGUUGCCACUCAGUGCGACCCAGAUGAGAUCAUCGUCCUGUCGGACUCGGAGUGAAAACAGGAACACGUCGAUUUUCCAUCGGCUCUCCUGAAAAUGGGAUGACCUCUGCUGACCCUGGAGAGCUGGAGCUGGAUGAUGAUCAGGGUGCAGUCUCUGUUUUCUGCCAGCAGGGGGCGCUCUCUGAUUGGUUUUCACUGCAGACCAGCUGACACUUUGGUGGAGAGGAUUUUAUGAUGCGAGUUUCAGUUUCUGCAGGUAGGAACUCUUCAUCUGACGGUGAUGAAGAGGAGGACGAGGAUGUGAGCUGAACGGUCGGACAUGUUGAGUUUUCCUCCUGGAAGGAGCUCAGUUCACAGAGCAGCUCGUCUGUUUACAUUUUCUACAUCAACUCUGAUUUUCCUCAGUAGGCGGGUUUGGAUUUGUAUAAAAAAGAUUUCUGAUUUUCCUGAUUUCCUGUUUGUGCUGCUGGAGGCGACAAACUGCGAGGUGAUUGGUCAGAUGUUUGACACGGCAGCAGAAAUACGCUACAGUUUCAUUUUUUCCUUUCCUUUCGGCUCAUGAAAGCAGAUUUUGCCACAUAAACGACUUCCAGAAAGCUGGCCAAAACAAUCAGAUUUCAACUUUUUUCAUCAAAUAUUUCAUUUACAUUUUUAAAUUGCUGUAGAUUUCAGACUUUUUUCUCCCUCUGUUGGUUCUUCUUUUAAAAAUACGUUGAAGCACAUUAAAAAAAUCAGGUUUAUUGAUGUAAAACAGUCUGUGGAAGCAUCUGAUUAAUAAAAUGKAUUUACUAACAGGAA